AUGGCUCCCCAAAACCAACCCUGGAAAGCAGUUUGGCCGGCUCCCGCCACGGCUGUCGACCAAGCCCAGACUCUCUCCAGCAACCUUUCGCGUGAGGAGAUGACCAACCAGCGAUCCUUCGGCAGCCAUGCCUCCAACACCAAGGGCCGCAUCGUGCACCUUAAGAAGUGUAAGAUUGCUGUGUUUUCCAGAAGUCUAUGA